UCGCGAAACCAACACCCUCAAAUCGUUCAGCAGUGUGACUACGGUAUUUUUGUAGUCGGUGGCACACGUACUGUACUGCUGUGUGUGCAAGAAGGAGAAAUGCCUGUGAACUGAAAAUAAUCAUCACAAUACAGUUGCUGAACGAUUUUACUUACGUUCGAUCGACUAUGGACUCAUCCUGGCGCAGGCGCCUGAAGCACACGCAAUCGGAGUUGCAACAGCGGGCAUUGGACAAUCUCUGGUCGUCGAUUCGACCAACUGCUGUGGGACGCACGGUUUCCAAGGUGCGUGCUGACUUCAAGACCUAUCAGGGCCUCAUGGACAAUGCCUCGCUUGAUUCGUCCCUUUCUGUGGUGAUUGCAUUCAAGCGGAAGGCCAGCCCGGAGAUGCAAAAGUGGAUUCAGGCCAAGAUUGCAAAGGAUGCACCUGAAUUGAUUGUCGAAUCCCUGCGCUUCACGUACCGGCAACGGGAUGCUCUACUUGUGGGAAUCUCAGAUGAAGGAAUGUGGAUCGGCGCAGAGGAGAAGAUGCUGGAAAAGAAGGUCAAGGUGGAGUUCGGUGGAGGGUUGCGACGAUUCACCGUACAGGACAGGGAAUGUUUUGUAGACUCUGACUCGGUCAGGAGUUUCUUCUCAACGAGUGAAGUGCAGGCGAUGAUUGCAUACUUUCUCAGCAAUGUUCGGCUAGCGGAACGCGAGACGUGCGACACAUAUUCCUUUAACCCUGGAACGGCCGUCUUGCCACAAUGCAAGGUGAAGGGUCUUGUCAGCCAAGCCUUCCCUCUGCAUUCUAAAGCAGAGCUGGAGUCGCUCCGAAAUCGCUGGGCUAAGCGCAGGAUCAUGACCUUCUCACAGCCCAUCUCGGCUUGCGGUGGAGGUUCAGUGCGUGACUAUUUCGGUCAGAAGAUAGCGUUCUACUUCUCCUGGUUACAGUUCUACACCCUGUCCUUGAUCGCCCCAGCAGUGUUUGGCAGUCUGCUCUACAUGACACUGUACAGUACGGAUGACAAAGCACAGGAGAUGAAAUACCAGUGUGCCGUGGCAAUCACCCUAUCACUGUUCAACGUCAUCUGGAGUUCGGUCUUCCUGGAGAUGUGGAAGCGCCGCUCCAGCGAGAUUGCCUACAGCUGGGGCGUGCUGGAGUCGAAAUUAACAUGCACUGACACAAUAAACCCAUACUUCAAGAGUACUCUGGGACCUUGCCCAGUCACUGGCACAAUGCAACUACAGCCACUCAGCUUUGUGGAGCGAGCCAAGAGACAGUGUGUCACAAUACCAAUUCUCCUUGUUGCUCUCAGCGUGUCCAUUGGGGCUAUGCUGGUUACGUACAGGAUUCGCGACUACAUUGAGACCAAUUAUUCACGAGAUUCGUUUGUGGCAGCUAUCCCACAGAUAAUGCUAUCUGUUGUUAUCGUGGGGCUGAGCACCAUCUACAGAAAGCUUGCUUCAUGGCUCACAAUGUAUGAGAAUCAUCGGCUAAAGCUGGAAUUUGACAAUUCGCUCGUCACUAAGCUGAUAGUGUUUCAGUUCAUCAACAGCUUCAUGACUCUAUUCUACAUUGCAUUCUGGCGUCAGGACUUGGACGAACUGAAGACUCAACUUGCAGCAUUCCUGGUCACUCGCCAACUGACAAGCAUUGCCAAGGAGAUGGCUCUUCCGUACGCCAAGCAGUAUGCAAAGAAAGUCUACCUAGUGGAGAAGUCUAAGCAGCAGCAGCAGCAGCAACAGAGAGAUGUGUCCAUUGACGAAGAGGAAGACCUGGAAGAGGGCAGUGGCAGCGGUGACAGCGAAGAGACUAGGACCACACUAUCUACACCUGAACUGGAAAGUGUGAUGGGAUACUAUAGUGAUACAGUGGAUGACUACAUGGAGAUGUGGAUCCAGUUUGGAUAUGUGGUCCUGUUUUCGGGUGCCUUCCCGCUUGCAGGACUGCUUGCGUUCGCCAACAAUCUUCUCGAGAUGCGCACUGACUCUUUCAAGCUGUGCUUCAGCCUGCAGCGACCAUUUGCACAGGAUGCUAGAGAUAUAGGCAUCUGGCAGCUAGCUUUUGAAAUAUUGGGCUACGUAGCAGUGGCUGUGAACUGUGCCAUGCUGCUGGUGUUUGGAGGAUUUGAUCAGUGGUUGCCUGGAUUCACCCUCAUACAGAUCAUGGUCAUACUUGUGGUAGUGGAGCAUAUUUUCCUAGCUAUCAAGGUAGCAAUCAUGAUAGUCAUUCCCGACGUGCCACUCUGGGUGACUAUGGAGCUGGCACGUACCCAUCAUGUACAGCAAGAAGCUCUGUUGCGGGAGUGGCGACAGUCGCAGGAAAGGGUAUCUGGUGGUACCGGUGCAGCAACUAACGAACAACAUAACUGAUCAUUUCCUCUUCUGCUUCUACCAGUGUCGACGAAGACAAUUAGUGACUGGUCAUUCCAUCACACACCCGGGCCUGCAGAUCAUCAUGCCAGUGUUAACCAUGGUAAACACACGCUGAUCAUCAUGUCGGAGUAAACUAACUAGUUCGUGAAGGAUAGGACAAUGGGACUCAGCAUACACAUCCUGACUGGACUGUAGAGCUGCAUCUGGCAGCUAUGAACGUGCCAAGCCACACUCCAUGUAGAGAUUUGUGCAUACAUCUCCAGCCAGUUCUUUCCCCAUCGGACACUCUGUAGGGGGAUGCUGGUGAUAGCAGUGGCUACUACUAUUACUAAACUAGUCUUGCUAAUCCAUGGCAAGUAGCCAUGGAAACAGUGACUACAUGGUUACAUUGUCUCAUGCUGCAUCACUGUCGUAGUUUGUCUUUGGAGGUAGGAGUAGUUGUGUCAGUGGUAUGUUUGCUGGAUUUGCACAAGCAGGGCCUCCACCUGUGCCAUGUGCCUUACGUUCAAGUCAGUCUCUUCAGUGGAGUGCCAGGCUAUGUUUGGUGGGAUGCUGAAGUACGCAUCGCUGAGUGCAUGGUCUCUUCCAGCUACUACUACUAUACAUCGUUACAGCCGCAGUAGAUGUAGCUUGCAUUGUUAUCAAAUUUUGUUCAUGGUAACUAGAUGCAGCCAUAGCGUAGCAUGGCCCACACCUGUAUAUGGUAGCAAGUUUACUGUGCUUUGUUGCUACCAUGGGUUUCAGUUCAGAUUCGAUGAACUGCUUUAGAGAUUAUCAGCAGCAUACGUGUAGCUCCUAGUAUGUAGCUUCAUCCAGUUGCAUGAUCACAUAUCUAGACUACACACAUUAAUUUUGCUCUUAUCAGCACUCGCCUCUCAUCACAGCGGAUUAAUUCUUACAGCAAUAUCAAUUUAUCAUCAGCAUCGCGCUCAAUUUGUGUAUUAAAAAUUUGACAACGAAUCUACCUGCAUAUACUUCACUCUCACCCACAAUGUUUGUAGCAGACAAACCGCAGACAAACCGUGUAUGGUGCUAUCCUGUGAA